GCUUGGCAGUUUCCUGUCGCGCAUGCGCACUGCGUGUCGUCCGUGUAAGCUCAGGCUACUCAUGGCUGAUGACUUCACAGUAUGCGUUAACUUCCUGAUCUUGCUUUUUCGCGUAAUUUAAUUCACUUCCUAUUAUGAGUAGACAGUUUUGGAAAGAUUUUUUGAUUGCUUAUAUGUCCAUGCCUUGUUUGUGGAAAGUUAGGUCCCCAGACUACAACAACAGAGUUAAGAAAAACCAGUGCUAUGCUAUAUUGGCAAAUAUGUGUCGCGAAUUCGAACCGACAGCAGACAGAGCUUUCGUACAAAGGAAGAUAAAUUCGUUUCGUACAACAUUUCGUAAGGAACACAGAAAAGUAACUGAAAGCAAAAUGUGUGCUACUGGAGCAGCUGACGUACACAAGCCAACUUUGUGGUACUAUGACAUAUUGUUACCGACAGUUCUGCAAGGUUCCCCACGGUCCAUUCAGUCAACACUGGAAGAAGUCGAGUUGGCACAAGAUGACAUUAGUAAUUUCGAAGAUAGCGAAGCAGAUGCAGAGGAUGCCGCAAAUGAGUCGGAGGCCACUGCUUCUAUGCGUGGAAUUGCAGAUAAUGGUGUGGUAUCUUCAGUGUCUGCUCCACCUGCCCUUUCUUUGCGCACUGUGCUACCCACGGUAUGCACUAAGAGAAUGUGGCGAGAAUCAAAAAAUGAUGAGCUACAGAAGGUAGCAUGCGAGCAGCAGUCAUCACCCUUAAUGGAAAACGAUGAAUUUUACCACUUUGGAAUGAGCAUUGCUCUUAAAAUGCGUAAAAUGUCCAAUAUGAAUAAUAUGCAAUGUAUUAUUGCAGAAAAACUUAUCUCAGAGGUAAUAUUUCAUGGACAUAUGCAGGAUCUCACGUAUGACACAGUUAUUAAAAUUCCUGGGAAACAUGUAAAUUGACAUGGGUGUGCAACAAUAUGUUGACUGAAUUUUCAGUCGUGUACACCAUGUUGUGAACGCUUUGAAGAAACCUUUACACAUGGAAUUAUAUUUUAAAUAAAUAUUUUAUAACAAUGUAUUUCAUGUUCUUACCUUUAAAUAAUCAGCGUCAAGCAAUGAAUAUAUUGCAUGACAGAUCUUGGAUACAGUCUGGCUAAAAGAAUUAAGUAAAAUAUUAUAAGGAUAUUUAAGAUCUUUGUAGCUGCAUAUGGUAGCGAAAGUUUGAGUAUUGCCCUUAGUUCGUCAUUAUUAUUUGCAACUUGACUCUAGCAUCUUGACUUCUCAGAAAGAGAUUGGAAAUUUCCAGGGUACUGCCUAUAAGAAUCUUGCUCCUGAAGUUGGUAAUUUCAGACGUUGUUAACAGAUUUAACCAGCUAUAAAAUGGAUGUUGAAUUUACUAGCUCUGCCUGAAUAAAACUCCUGUUGCCUUUU